CAGAGGUCUUGUGAUGAAUUAAUUGGCUACUACGUCAUCCCCAGCAGGGCCACAGAUGGAGUGAGUCAGUCCGAGCUGCUCAGCCGGUUGAGUGCUUUUGUCUUUUGUAACCGGAGCCCAAACCCAGGAGCAGAACUAGGAAGUGGGGCUUGGACUUGUCAGAUGGUAGUGGCCUUGCUAAGAGCGUGUUUUACAGCGUGAGGGGUGCCUCCGACUCCCCAAGUCAUCCGAGGGCUUAAUUUACGUAACAAGCCAAUGUUCCUGUUUUGUUUUUGUUUUUAACUUCUGGAAGAGGAAAUCAGUAGGCUGCAGCCGGGGAGCUCGUGUCACCUCCCGCAUCUGUACCGGGAGCUCAGGGACCAUUUAGCACAGCUGGUCACCGAGAAAAUCCUCCAACAACGGGACCUUCCAGGUCCACGCGGAGAGUCAGGACCACCCAGAAGAGGGCUGGCCUGCCGGGGAGAUGUGCGGCUGCUCGGCCAGGACCACAGCCCGGCCGGGGGGCCGGCGGGACGCGUCCGGGGGUGUGAGCCAUGGGCAGACGCGCGGGACACGUGCGCGCUCGAGGAUUUGGAAGUGCGCCAGGGUGGGAAGGGACACCGGUCCCCCGGAACUCGACAGCAGUUGGUCCUGUUCGGAGUUGGACCUGAACGAGAUUCGCCUGAUAGUUUACCAGGACUGUGAAAGGAGAGGCAGACAAGUCUUGUUUGAUUCUAAAGCUGUUCACAAGAUUGAGGAGGUGGCAACUCAGAAAACGGAGGACGUCCCCACGAAAACGCCAGCCAAGUGCUGUCAAGGAGGUGGCAGCGGCAGCCUCUCUUCCCACGGCUCUUCCGGGGGAUCCUUACCACAUGCCAAGGAGCAGCUUCCAAAGUACCAGUACACGCGACCCGCCUCUGAUGUCAGCAUGCUUGGGGAGAUGAUGUUCGGCUCGGUCGCCAUGAGCUACAAAGGCUCCACCCUGAAGAUUCACUACAUACGUUCUCCUCCACAGCUGAUGGUUAGUAAAGUCUUCUCCGCCAGAAUGGGCAGCUUCUGUGGGAGUACAAAUAACUUGCAAGACAGCUUCGAGUACAUCAGCCAAGACCCUAACCUGGGGAAGCUGAACACAAGUCAGAAUAACCUGGGUCCCUGUCGCACUGGCAGUCACCUAGGCGUGCUGCAGGGAUGCGGCGGCAAACCGCCACCGGGGGCGGCUGAAGGAGGACCGCUCCGGCUCAGCCGCAGUGCCUCUUUCUUUGCAGUGCACAGCACUCCGGUCGACAUGCCGCGCAGAGGACAGAGUGAAGACAGGGACAGCGGCAUCGCGCGCUCAGCCUCCCUGAGCAGCCUUUUGAUCACACCCUUCCCGUCUCCAAGCUCCUCCACGUCCUCCUCCAGCAGUUACCAGCGCCGCUGGCUUCGGAGCCAGACCACGAGCUUGGAAAACGGCAUCAUUCCCAGGAGGUCAACGGAUGAGACGUUCAGCUUGGCCGAAGAAACCUGCAGUUCCAACCCGGCCAUAGUUCGGAGGAAGAAGAUCGCCAUAAGCCUCAUCUUUUCCCUGUGCGAGAAGGAGGAAGCCCAGAGGAACUUCCAGGACUUCUUUUUUUCUCAUUUCCCCCUGUUUGAGUCUCACAUGAACAGGCUGAAGAGUGCAAUUGAAAAGGCCAUGAUCUCCUGCAGGAAGAUAGCGGAGUCAAGUCUCCGUGUCCAGUUUUAUGUCAGCCGUCUGAUGGAAGCUCUGGGGGAGUUCAGAGGGACCAUCUGGAGCUUGUACUCCGUCCCGAGGAUAGCCGAGCCCGUGUGGCUGGCCAUGGUGUCCAGCACGUUGGAGAAGACGCAGCUGUGCCAGCGCUUCCUCAAGGAAUUUACGCUCCUCAUAGAGCAGAUCAACAAGAACCAGUUUUUUGCUGCCUUGCUGACCGCAGUCUUAACCUACCACCUGGCCUGGGUGCCCACCGUCAUGCCUGUUGACCACCCUCCCAUCAAAGCCUUCGCCGAGAAACGCACCUCUCAGCUGGUCAACACGCUGGCCAAGACACACCCAUACAAUCCUCUCUGGGCGCAGCUAGGCGACCUUUACGGGGCCAUCGGCUCUCCGGUGCGGCUGAGCCGCACGGUGGUGCUGGGGAAGCAGAAGGAUGUGGUGCAGCGCAUACUGUAUGUGCUGACCUACUUCCUGCGGUGCUCGGAGCUGCAGGAGAGCCAGCUGGCGUGCGGCGCGAACUGCGGGCCAGACGGGCAGGCGCCGGCCGGGAGCAGCGUCACCACGGCCCUGGAGAGGGGCGAGGUGGAGGAGUCCGAGUACGUGGUGGUCACGGUGAGCAGCGAGCCCGCCCUCCUGCCGCCCGGCCCGCCCGACGCUGACACCGGAGACCUCUGCCCCCAACUCGCCGGACGAGGAGGCCGGGGGCCGGAGCAGAGCCCCGCGGCCCGCAGCGUCCGGAGACCUCGGGGCGCAUCGUGCGGGGACCAGGAGAGCAAGAAGGAGGCGGCCCGCGGCGGCCCCGCGAGACCCCCCAGCGGCGCAGGUGCGUGCGUGGGGCCGGCCGGCGGGGAGGAGUCGGGAGGGGAGGUGCCCACGAAGCUGCCCGACCGCUCGGCGGCCCGGCCGUGCCCUGAGGGGCGUCCCUGGGGCCGGCCACCCUGGGAGAAGGUCACCUUCCACAUCGGGAGCUCCGUGUCCCCGGACUCGGACUUCGAAAGUCGCACCAAAGCAGUGGAGGAGCGGCUGCGGGCCUGCAGGUGUGCGGAGCCAGCGCGCCGACCCCCGGCCGGGCCCGACGCGGCCCGGGAGGCCCGGGACUGGCUGGCUCCGAGGUGCUCCCGCGCCCCCGAGGCAUCGGCGGGGGCCCGCGGCGUCAGGACCGGCGCCGCCAGGGAGGCUGCGGAGACGCCCGGCGCACCUGCCGACCCCACGCGCGCGCUACGGAAGCCGUGGGGUCGGGGCGGGGAGGACGCGGACGCGCCUGCGCGGAGCGGGCGCGAGGACGCCGGCUUCGGGCGGGAAGGAGGCCUCCCCAGGAACGAGAGCUCGGACAGCGCCCUCGGCGACAGUGACGACGACGCGUGUGCGCCGGCCUCGCCGGCCCUGGGCCCCGGCAGUGACGGUGACAGUGAGCGAGACCGGCCCGAAGGCUCGCCGGAGGUGGAGCUGCCGCUGCCCAGGUCUCAGAGCAUCAGUAGCCCGCACGUGAGAAACUUCGGCCGCUCCCUCCUGGCGGGUUACUGCCCCACGUACAUGCCAGACCUGGUGCUUCACGGGACCGGCGGCGAUGAGAGGCUGAGGCGCUGCCUGGCCGCCGACCUGGUCCACACAGUCCAGACUCUAAGGGGUAAGAGUUGGGGUCCUUCUACUAUGGCACAGAGUGAGGUGAAUGCAGCCACGCUGCCCACUGCAGCUGCCAAAUGGACCCACGAGCCAUGGGGGUCUGCCACACUGCAAGGAGAUGGAUCUUGUGUACUCUCUCCUCUUGAGGUAGGUAAACAAUGUACCAUUGGAGCCUGGAUGCCUGUUGUCUGCUCUCAGUGACCUUGAGUCAUGCACUGGUCUCUUCCCUGGCUGGCACUUACCUGCCUGUUAACUUUGGCCACACUCAUGUUCUAUUCUAUCCUCUGGCACAGCCUAACCACCUACGGAAGCAGUUUCCCUUAGUAUUUUGAGCAUAUUUGAAAUACCUGACUUAAAGUCUCUGUCAGCUAAAUAUAUCUGUGCUUCCUUGGAGACAGUUUCUAUUGACCACUUUCUUUCCCUGUGUAUCAGCCAUACUUUCCCGUUCCUUUGUCUCAUAAUUUUUCUGUUGAUAAAUUGACAUUUGAAAUAAUAUACUGUGCCAGUUCUGGAAAUGAGAUUUUCUCCCUCUCCCCAGGGCUGUUGUUCCUGCUUGUUUUUUUUUUUUCUUUAUGUUGUUGUUUUUUGUUGCUGUUUGUUUGUUUUUGGUGGUGGUGGUGAUGUUGCUAUUGUUUACUUUCCUGGACUAAUUGUUUAAAGUCUGUCAUGUGUGCCCCCUGAAUUUUCUGCUUGGUUAGCUUAGUGAUCAGCUAAUGAUUGGACAGAAAUUUCCUUAAAUGCCUCAAAUCCAUGUGUUUUCUGGUCUUUGUGUCUAGGCAUACCUUCAGUGCCCCAGCAGACAGUUUACAACUCUGCCUUAGCCUUCGUUUCCUGCUUUCAUGGAGCUUCAAGGUCAGCCAAAGGUCAGAGAUUAGGACCUCCUGGGGCCUUGCCUGGGCAUGUGCACAGCACUGCAUGUGUGCACAGCCUUCUAGAUUUCUAGGCAUAUGUUAGAGCUUUUUUUUUUUUUUUUUAAGGACAUUUUUGGUCACCCUUAACCUUUAUUAUUAUUUUUAUUUAUUUAUUUAUUUAUUUAUUUAUUUAUUUUUGGCUGUGUUGGGUCUUCGUUUCUGUGCGAGGGCUUUCUCCAGUUGCGGCGAGCGGGGGCCGCUCUUCAUCGUGGUGCGCGGGCCUCUCCCUGUCACGGCCUCUCCCGUUGCGGAGCACAGGCUCCAGACGCGCAGGCUCAGUAGUUGUGGCUCACGGGCUUAGUUGCUCCACGGCAUGUGGGAUCUUCCCAGACCAGGGCUCGAACCCGUGUCCCCUGCAUUGGCAGGCAGAUUCUUAACCACUGCACCACCAGGGAAGCCCUGUUAGAGCUUUUUGAAAUCCUCUAGAGACAUGUCAUUUCCCAAUUUUUUCCUUAAAGAUUUUUGGUCAGCUUCUUGUUUGCCCCAACUUGUAUUGCCCUCCCCCCAGGCAACUGUGAUAUUAAAUGAUUAUUGUUUUGUUUUUGUUUUUGUUUUUGUUUUUUUUGUGGUAUGCGGGCCUCCCUCUGCCGCGGCAUCACCCGUUGCGGAGCACAGGCUCCGGACGCGCAGGCCCAGCGGCCAUGGCUCACGGGCCCAGCCGCUCCACGGCAUGUGGGAUCCUCCCAGACCGGGGCGCGAACCCGGUUCCUCUGCAUCGGCAGGCGGACGCGCAACCACUGCGCCACCAGGGAAGCCCCAUGAUUAUUGUUUUUGACGGGUGCUUGUGAGAUAGAGAUGUGCACACAGAGUCAGGUCAAAUAAUGACAAGCCCUGAGAAUGAAGCUUUUCCAGGGAUUUUCAAGACAGAUUGAAUAAUGAAACAAACAAAAAGAUAAUCUACUGAAUGGGAGAAAAUAUCUGCACAUGAUAUGACCAAUAAGGGAUUAAUAUGCAUCAUAUAUAAACAGCUCAUACAACUCAACAUCAAAAAACAAACAACCUGAUUAAAAAAUGGGCAGAAGACCUGAAUAGACAUUUUUCUAAAGAGGAAAUGCAGAUGGUCAAAAGGUAUAUGAAAAGAUGGUCAACAUCCCUAAUCAGGGAAAUGCAAAUCAAAACCACAAUGAAAUAUCACCUCACACCUAUCAGAAUAGCCAUGAUUAAAAAGAACAUGGUAAUAAAGAUGUUAAAAAAAGAACACAAAUAACAAAUGUUGGCAAAGAUGUGGAGCAAAGAGAACACUGGUACACUGUUGGUGGGAAUGUAAAUUGGUGCAGCCACUAUGCAAAACCGUAUGGAGGUUCCUCAAAAAACUAAAAAUAGAGCCACCAUAUGACUCAGCAAUUCCACCCCUGGGCAUAUAUCUGGAGAAAACUGUGAUUCAAAAAGAUACAUGCACCCCAAUGUUCAUAGCAGCAUUGUUUACAAUAGUCAAGGUAUUGAAGCAACCUAAGUGUCCAUUGAUAGAUGAAUGGAUUAAGAUGUGGUGUAUAUAUACAAUGGAAUAUUACUCGGCCAUGAAAAAAUGAAAUUUUGCCAUUUGUGACAACAUGGAUGGACUUGGAGGGCAUUAUGCUCAGUGAAAUAAGUCAGACAAAGACAAAUACUAUCUGAUGUCACUUAUAUAUGGAAUCUUAAAAAAUACAAGAAAUUAGUGAAUAUAACAAAAAAGGAGACUCACAGAUAUAGAGAACAAACUAGUGGUUACCAGUGGGGAGAAAGGGAAGAGGCAAUACAGGGGUCGGGGGGGAGUGGGAGGUACAAACCAUUAGGUAUAAGGUGGGCUCAAGGGUGUACAUACAACAUGGAGAAUAUGGCCAAUAUUUUGUAAUAACUGUAAAUGGAAAUUAACUUUUUAAAUUGUAUAAAAAAUUUAAAAAUUAAAGUUAAAAAAAAUAAAGAGCUUGAGUUGAGAUUUGAACCCAGCCAGUUACACAGACACAAAAUCAAAUAUAACAUUUCUCUGGGUAGGAAGCUUUUCAAGGCGCUUCAAACUCAUGUUUCCCCUUCAGUGACUGGUCGACUGCUAGUUUUCACAGCUACCAUGGUUGUGAGGCUAUUGGUUUUUUCAAGGCUACCUUGAAACUGGAAAGAGAGGAUGGGAAUAGAGCAAUUUUAAUUUAAAUUUAAAAUGUCACAAAGAUCGUGUUUCUUUCUAAGAUUUAGCCAUUUUUUCUUAAAUACAUGCUCCAUGGAUUAUUGAAAGCAUUUGUUCAUUCAUUUCCAAUGUUUUGAAAAAGGUGAUUUUGACAGUUUUUGCCACUGUUCUUAUUUCUUUUAUGGAGGAAAUAUAUUUUUGGAGGUCCUUACUGCGCCGUUCCUGAAGCGGUUUCCAAACUGGAUUAUUUUAAAAUGAAACAAAGACUCACUAUUUAAGGAACAAUCGUCUGUGCCUUCUGUUUCCACCCCAUUUGCCCCUGCUCCAAAUGCUGCUUUUGGUGUUGCUGUUACUUCACCGUGAUGGUUCUGACCCCAGCUGACAGCAGCCUCCUUCCUGAGAUCAAGUCAUCUCUUUUCAGACUUUCUAGUAAGACUUCCAAGAAGCAUUCGUGAUUGUGGACACUGUCCUCCUCCUGGCUUUCUACUGGGCUUCCAAAGCUCUUUCUUUUUUUUUUUUUUUUUUUGUGGCAUGCGGGCCUCCCUCUGCCGCGGCCUCUCCCGUUGCGGAGCACAGGCUCCGGACGCGCAGGCUCAGCGGCCACGGCUCACGGGCCCAGCCGCUCCGCGGCACGUGGGAUCCUCCCGGACCGGGGCGCGAACCCGGUUCCCCUGCAUCGGCAGGCGGACGCGCAACCACUGCGCCACCAGCGAAGCCCCAAAGCUCUUUUCUUUUAUGUCUCUCCUCUUACUUCUCAUAUUACUUCAUCUACUUUUCUUCUGGAAUAAUCUUUUGUUCUUUUGGCUCCUUUAUCACUGGUAUUCCCCAGGAUUCCAUCCUUGAGUCUCAUCUCCCAAAACACAACCACCCAUCUCCACAUCGGGAAAUAGCCUUUAUAUCUGAUGAUCCAACCAACAUCAGUAUACUUACGUGUAAAUUUUUUACUUCCAGCUCUAAAAAUCUAAGUACAAAUUCCCAGCUUCUCACUGAACAUAGUACCAGGACUCUUAUUCCUAAUAAUGAUAACUGUUUCUACCGUUCAUUGAGAUACAUGAGGCUCCAGACACUAUGCUAGUUGCUUGAUAUGUGUUACCUCUCUCUAAUCUUUAUUAUAGUCCAACGUGAUAGAUGUCAUUUCCUGCUUUUUACCUCUGAAGUUAGACUAGGUAAUUUAUCCAAGAUCAAACAGUUAAAAAGCAGUAGAGCUGGGAUUUGCACUCAGAGUUGUCUGAUUCUAAACAUACACAAUUACCUCAUCUGUAAAAUGGGGAUCAUAUUAUAAUACCUACUCUUUAUAAGGACUAAAUGAGUCAAUACCUAGAAAGCACGUAGUAUCUGGCCCAUAGUAAAGAUUCAAUAAAACGUUGGCCAUUUGUAUUUUUAUUACAGGUUGCUGCCUCUCAACUCAUCCUCCCGUCUCCCUGUUUUCUCUCUUCCCCCAAAUGGACCCUCCUCUUCCUGCACGUUCCCUUUCUCGUUCAACGCCAUAACCGUUUCCCCAGCCACCCCGGCAGAGGCACAUCAGAACUGCCUUGGACUUUCACAUUUCCUCCAUCCACCCACAUUUUGUUGUUGCCCAGCCUUGUGGAACCUUUCUCUAAACCACCUCACCAUCCCCGUCUCUCACUCGGGCUCCCAUCGGUGUGACUAUUCCAAUUUUACUUAACUUGCCUUUCUUCUUCGGGCUCUCCUUUCUCUUCUGGGUUCCCGCCUUUUUGUGUGAGCUGGGCCCACAGGAGACUCCCGGGCGGCCACCUGGAUUCAUGACCCAACCAUUCAAUGAUCUCUCAGUCUGUUGGCGAAAUAACCAGCUUGAAUUAAUAUGUUCACUUAAAUUGAUCAGAGCAGCUGAUUCUUCUGAAGAUUGACCUCCCGACAACAGUCUUGUCCAGGAGCAAAGCUUUUUCUACUGUUUGGACAUCUGGGUUCCCUGUGGUUGAGUGAAAAUUGUUCUAAUAAGUGGUAAAAUUACUGUCUUUUGGAUUCCAACGUUAAGGAAACAAAUCGCUAACUGUUUAAGCCCCAGUGAGUCAGUCUGGUUGCCUUAUACAUACCUGGCGACAGUUAUUCCCUAGAGUUUCAAUAGAGAAAGAUGUGGAAACUUCCCUGCUGGGCUCAGCAUUUUCCUCGCAGCACCGUAAAGUGAUGUAACCCUGUGCAUUUCUAGCCUGUGAAGAGGCCUGGGGCUGUAGCUGUAAAGCGACUUAAAAGCACCGCUACUUAUUUCCCCAGCAAGCUAGUUCCCCUAAAUGUUUGCUUUCUUGCAGGGUCACUGACUUCUGCUCUUUCCAUUUCCACAAGUACUCAAAAGCCAUUGAAGGCACAAUGGACACUUUUGAGAAACACAUUCCGAAACCAUCUGGCAGGAUCCUUGCUUUCUUGGAGAACAGGCCUUCUGUACAACAUUUGCAGGAAAAUAAGACCCCAGCUUUUUAAAGAUCUCUGCAUUUACGGUAUAGUUCACACCUAAAGUCAGAAUCUGCGACGGAUACAAUUAGGGCUUUCAUGAUGUUUAAAAUUGUGUUUUUCUCUUCUGAACUGGCCUUCUGCAUUGAUGGAGUGGGUGUUACUGCUGACACUGGCAGCCACAUAUGUCCAAUGAUUUCAGAGACAGACAACAACCAGAGCCCAGGGUUCCUCCCGAGCACAGAGUCUGGAGAGGUCAUAUAAAGCAUCAUCCCCUGAGCCUUCUCAAGGGAACUUAUCUUGGAGGGGUGGUGCCACAGAGGCGGACCUGGGGAGAUUGGGGAGGCUGCAGGUCGGUGUUAGCUGUGUCAUCAUUCAGUUAAGUCAGACCUCACUUCUUACCCAUUGACCUUCCUUCUCUCCCUGCCCUAGAGAAUCAUACGUGAUGCCCUAGAGAAUCAUACGUGAGGACGUUGCAUCUUGCUUUCAAAAGAUACCGUCUUAAUCCUAGGGUAACACUUACUUGAUCCUGAAUCAGCAGCUGUCAUGGAGAUGAUUAAAAAGCAUGAAAUUAUCUUGAUGUUUCAUGUUUGGACAAAGUGAGUGCACGACUAUAUUUAGCAAUUUUUAAAAUAUAAGUUUUAAUGCAACUGGAAUUUAUCCUAGGUUGUUUGUUGCCCAGGAGAUUCUUGUUGAGUGGAAAGAGAAAGAGCUAAAAAGCUAGUUCUUAGUAAUUCAUACCCAAAGCUGCUUAUAAAGACUUGUCUACAAGAUGCUGACCUUCCUUCUUUAAUGUGCAGUCUUCAAGAUGCUGGGAAAAUAAAGGUUCUACCUCUGAGUGAUAACUUAACCAGUUUACAGUAAAUGUCCAAGAUUAAAUGUAAUUGAGUGAUUAGGACAAUGUGUGGUGAGGUACAGCCUCAAAGAUGCAGAAGCCGCCUGCAUGAUUGGUCAAGUCUUCAGACAACAGGAGUCUGAACCCGAGUUUUUUGAACAGAGAUUAGUAUGUGUUCAUCCGUGUCCCAGGUCCCUGGAGACCACGCAGAAAGCUAACAGUCUAUGUAAGAUAGACACAUGGCAUUGGGACCAAAACAUCAGUGCAUGAAUACACAAUUGCUUAUUUACCUCUGUACCUGUCAACAGCUACUAAGAAGUUAUUUGAUUGCAAUAAACUUCCAACGUUAAUCAUUCAUGAUGAAAUGCAGAAGAACAUUUUUAUGCCUGUUUGAAUCUUUUACUCUUGUUUAGUAGUUCUCUCCUUACCCAAAUAACAAAAAUGCCUACGAUCAGUUUUACAUCACUAACAAUUUGAAAACAAACUUAUUAAAUGGGUCUGCAUAUCUACGGGCACAAACUAUUUUGCAAAGUAGAUAUAAUUAUUUAUAUUGAUAAACAAAACUGUGUGAUUCACAUUAGCAUGAAACAUACCACCUCAAGGAUGCAAAUGAAAUUGCUUCCCAAAGAAAUGUUGGGGAAAACACAAGAGGUGCAUCCCCAAAUUGCCAGUGUAACUAUUUCAGACAUAAGAACAUUGCUUGAAUGCUAUUUUUAAAAGACAGAAAGAGAUAACUAAAUGUAAGAAUAUUUAUUUUUCCUUUAAGUAGAAAAAAACCCACUCUCUUGGGCUCUCUUCUAGAAGGAGAGCAUCUAAGGCUUGUGCAGUUCUGUAAAAUUACACACACCAUAUGCUUCAGACCUCGAAUUGUGAUUAUUUUGAUUUGAUUUACUGCUUUUAUUCCAUAGGAAACACAACCACUUUAUUUGAAAGACUUGUUAAAUAUUCUACCACUCUGCUGGAGUAAAGAAUUUAUUGGCACGAGAGAGGUCUUGCAUGACCCUCAGUGGACAAACACUUCUUCAUUGCUUUGCCAGAUUGUCUUCCCCGAGCUCCAGGAUGUGGAGCUCAUGGCUGGUUGCCCUUAUGGAUGCCAGCUGGGCUUCCAGUCACCCGGGUCAUGCCAUCGAAAUCAAACCUGUUGUCUUCCUGUGCCUAAUAACACACUCCACGAGGUUCUUGUUGCCAAGAGUUGGUCCACAACGUGGACAUACACAGAGGAGUUUACUGAUUUUCGUUCAGCAUUUUAAAUGAUUUAUAUGAAGUGACUUAUCACUUGUGCUCACUCAGAAGCAGCUGUCCAAAAGCUUUCAGCAAUGCAGCAUGUUCGACUGUCUGGGGUCACCUGUGAGGAAUGUUGAAUGGAAUUCCUGAUGUUGCUGGAGAUAUGGGCGAUUUUUUGUAGGACAUCCAGGAAGUCCUGCCAGUUUCAGCAGCACGGGGCAUCUCUCCAUGCUGGUGCUUCCUGGGUGACACUUGCUUGUUUUGCAUCCAGAUCAGAAGACCACAAGAGGAAGAAAGGGCAGCAACAUGUAUUUCAGCUGCGUGGCAGCAAUCCUGGGGAAGGCUGGUAGGGAGAAUAUAACAGUACUGACUCAAUUUAGUUUUGGACAUGCUUAUCUAUCCAGAUGGUGAAGCCUGACCUUCAUUAACUAAGGAUAAAGUUGAUACAAUUUCGUCUUAGUUCCUUUGGAAUCUAAGGAUAUAGAAAAUUAGACAAAAUGGUUCAAAGAGCCUCAAGGACCCAUCAUCAUCUUCAAACGCUAUCAAUUUAUAGUCAGUCUUAUUGAAUCUCUAUCUUACUUACCAACCCUCCCUCUGCCAAGACGUCAGCUCUCAAAGAUGUAAAAACUCUUUUUGCUAACAAUAUCACAAUGCCAUUAUUUCUCCUAAAAUUUUAAUACUUUCACCAAAUAUUGAGCAUUCAAGAUUCUAGCUAGCUCAUCAAUGUUAUGACUUUUUUAUCAGCCUGUUUGUUAGAAACAGAAUCCAUGUAAGCUUCACACCUGUAAUUGCUUAAGGCUUUCAAGUUUCCUUUAAUUCAUAGGUUCUCUUCAUAUCUAUUCUCCUCUACCCCCCUCCCUCCCCUCCUCCCCUCCCUCCUCAUCCUUCUCCUUCUCGCUAUCUGUUGAAGCCACACAAUUUCUAUAAAAAUGUUGUUUCCAUUUGUCCUAUGAAAUUUCCCACAUCUGACAUCUCCAAGUCGUCAUUUAACAUUUUCUGCCGUCAUCUUAUUUCCUAUACAGUGUUGGUUGGAUUUAGAGGCUUGAUCUAAGUCAGGCUGGGUUUUGGGGGCAAGAGCACCAUGUUAGUUUGCUAGGGUUGCCAUCACACAGUGCUGCAGACAGGCGGCUGAAGAGCAGAAAUGUACCGCCCACCAUUACAGAGGCUGGAAGUCCGAGAUCUAGGGGUCGGCAGGGCUGGUUUCUCCUGAGGCCUCUCUCCUUGGUGUGUAGACGGCCGUUUUCUCCCUGUGUCUUCACAUGGUCUUUUCUCUCUGUGUGUGUGUGUGUUCAAACCUCCUCUUCUUAUAAAGACACCAGUCAGAUUGGAUUAGGGCCAACCUAAUGACCUCAUUUUAAUUUAAUCACCUCUUUGAAGACACUUUCUCCAAAUGCAGUCACAUUCUGAGGUACUGGGGGGUUAGGACUUCAACACAGGAAUUUCAGGAGUGAACAAGUCAGUCCAUGAUAACUUUCCAGGUAGUUGUGUGCCUUUCCAUCAAGACGUUUACAAUAUCGGAUCAUUUGUCUUUUUGUGGGUUUGGCAGCCGCUCAUGAUCAAUGUCUAGAUUCAUUCGAGUUUGCAAAGUGGUGAUAUCCUAAUUCUGUUGUUACUUCUUUAUGUAUUAGCUAGAUUCCUUUUUUUUUCUUUUUUUUAAGUUGAUUCAUCUUCUCUUUGGUUUGCAGUGAUACAGUUUGUAUUAGAAAGGUGGAAUUAAUAUUUGAUUCUUUUCGUUUAUUUACUCAUUUUCAAAAUAAUAGGUUGGUUCAUUGGAAUCCUCCAAUGUGAUCAAUUUGUUGAGGCUUUUUAACCGACACUGUGAACUCAUGGAUGUUCACGUCUCUGUAUAUGAAGGUGUGAUUUAUAUUAAUCCACUGCAGUUAUUACCUUUCCCUCAAGUUGUCCUAUAUUGGGCCAGUGGGAGUCUCUGCAAAUUUGGCUUCCAAGUCCCUCAGACAGGACUGCAGUAGUCUUGGAGAGCUUCCUUAUCUGGUAUGGCAUGAUGUGCCAGGCUCAUGUUUUCCAUUUCCUCUCCAGAUCCAAGAAGCUCCAGUUCCUUUUAGUGGAAAAGGUGUUUGAAGAGCAGAAUCUGAGCACUAGGGGAGCUCACAGCUACCGAGUUGAUUUCUACAUCUAGGCCUUUAUUUAUUUAUUUAUUUUUAAAUUUUAUUUAUUUAUUUUUGGCUGCGUUGCGUUUUCGUUGCUGUGCGCAGGCUUUCUCUAGUUGCUGCGAGCAGGGGCUACUCUUCCUUGCUGUGCGCAGGCUUCUCAUCGCGGUGGCUUCUCUUGUUGCGGAGCACGGGCUCUAGGUGCGUGGGCUUCAGUAGUUGUGGCAUGUGGGCUCAGUAGUUGUGGCGCAUGGGCUUAGUUGCUCCUCGGCAUGUGGGAUCUUCCCGGACCAGGGCUCAAAGCCGUGUCCCCUGCAUUGGCAGGCAGAUUCUUAACCACUGCGCCAUCAGGGAAGUCCUACAUCUAGGCCUUUAUGGUGAGUAGAACUAUGAACCAGAUGUAUGUAAACAUCCAUCAUCAUACAUAUAUGUACAUAUAUAAUUCCAAUCAAAUUCAGGGUUUGCUUUAUCUUCCCAUCUGUCUUUCCUCUUUCCCACUCCAAGAAUCCUGGUCUCAACCACAGCAGGAAUGAUUAAAUAAGAACCCCACAUUGCUGCCCAUUUGCUUUCACACACGACACACACACAACAAAGUCAGACUCACACAGCUAACAGGCCCACCGAGCUUUUUGCAGCUCUUUUUGUCCUUAGAUUUGUACUCACAUUACUGUGCUUUAAAAUCCCUGGGAAUAUUUCCCUCUCUGUGGGUGAAACCAUCAACUGGGUACAUAUUUAGGGGUUUUUUUCAUUUUAUAUUUAAAUUAAUUUAUUUUAUAAAUAAGAACUAAGAUAUAAGGUACAUGUCUUAUAUGUCUUACAUAAGGUAAGACACGCACAUGCUUUCAAAGCCAAACCAAGUGUGGCGCCAGCAGUGCUUUCCUGUUUUUCUCGUCGCCCUAUGUGUCUAAGCCAGAGAAAGGGUUGGGUUUGUGUGGUGGCGGAUUUGGAGGAGGAGGUGAUGCGUGAAUCGUGUCUUACUGAACAGCUGCAAAGAGUGACUCCGAUUCUGGGAGAAUCUGUCUCGAAGGCCUUAGGGAAGAAAACAUUUGUUCUGCCACCCACCAUGUAAUUCUUCUUUGAAUUUUAAUGAGUUAGCCUUUAGGCUGCUAGACAGAAAACAGCCGCUGUGUUCUGUUUAAACUCUGUCAUCUUUCUACUUUGCUGUAGAGGCUAGAAAUGAGAAGUUUUUGUCAAAUAUAUGGUUAUGUGCUCCAAAGUAGUUCGUCUGGAUCUGUGAAGUUCCAUCUCGUGAUAACAUCUUGGAAUCUAAAUAUAGCAGUAUUAUCUAAAAUAGAUAAGCAACAAGGAUGUAUUGUACAGCACAGGGAAAUUCAGCCAUUAUCUUGUAAUAACUUUAAAUGCAGUAUAAUCAAUAAAAUUUUGAAUUACUUUGCUAUACACCUGAAACUAAUGUAAUAUUGUAUAUCAACUAUACUUCAAUAAAACAAUAAAGCAUAGUGUAAAAAAAAAGAUAAGUAUAUUUUUUAAAAAUAAAACAAAUACAGGAGUUUUAAUGGAAACAAAAUUAAUUAAUUAAUAUAACUGUUCUAGAUGCCAACUCCCACCGAUCCUUCAAGCUCAGGGGACCUUAUGGAGCCUUCCUGAUGUCUCCCCAAAGUUUAGAUUCCCCGACAUCUGUUUCCAUGACACCCGCUAAAAUACUCCUAUUGUAAUAGGCAUUGCACUUAGUUGUUACACUUUAAGUAUCUAAAACACCAAGCAUGGUGCCAGGCACAAACAGGUCAUCCACAAAUAUUGGUUUAUUUAAUAUUUCUAUCACUGCAUCCAAAUAAUAUACUCCAGUAUAAUUAUUCAUUUAGGUGUCUCUUUCCCCCAACUAUUCGAUAAACGUUUUGAGGGCAGGAACUGUGUCUUCCUUCCUCGGUGCCACACUUGUCCAUAGUUUGGCUGGAAUAAAGAACAGAAGUGAUACUAUUGAACGUAGAAUUAGAAUAAUAGAGGAUAAACCCAGUAUCCUCUUGAGGAUCAUAUUAUAAGGAUGAGGCCACCUUUGAAAGUGAUGAAUAGCAUCCUCAUAAACUCUCAACUGCUGCUGAAUGCUACAGUCUGAACUCUGUACCCUCAGACCAUAAAAACAUAAUGUGAACGCUCCAGUAUAUUCUAUACAUAUUUUAUCUAUUUAUUUUCCUCUUUUGGCUGCAUCAGGUCUUAGUUGCAGCACAUGGGAUCGUCGUUGAGGCAUGCUCAGCACGCGGGCUUCUCUCUAGGUGUGGCGUGCAGGUUUUCUCUUCUCUAGUUGUGGUGCACGGGCUCCAGAGCGUGUGGGCUCUGUAGUUUGCGGCACGCGGGCUCUCUCACUGAGGUGCGUGAGCUCAGUAGUUGUGGCAUGCAGGCUUAGUUGCUGUGUGGCAUGUGGGAUCUUAGUUCCCCGACCAGGGAUCGAACCUGCGUCCCCUGCAUUGGAAGGCGGAUUCUUUACCACUGGACCACCAGGAAAGUUCCAUAUUCUAUCCAUAUUUUAUUAUUUCACUUUUAAAGCAGUUAAUUGUUUAGUCCACCUGGAAUUUAUUUUAUUGUAUGUUAUGAGAAAUAGAUGUAAUUUUACUUUCUCUAACAAGUUAGCCAGCUGCCCCAAAUCCAGUUUUUCUGAUCCAGGCAAAUAACUCUUCUACGGAAAGACCGGAUAACCUUGCUGAUAUGAACAUGUGGUUUCCAGCCCCAAGAGGGUCUUCUGUACUCAGAACAGCGAUCUUCUCACAUAUCCUUGUGCACAUCUUUCUAACCCCUCCAGCAGCUACCCUGCACCUUCCUUGUUUCCUCAAGACCUACUCACAUCUCACUCCCAUAACUUUCAUUUGUCCUCCUAGGACAACGCCUCGUACAAUACUUCAUGGACCACUGAAUGGUACACUUAAAAAUGAUUAAAAUAGUCAUGUUAAUGUUACGUAUAUUUUACCAUCAUAGAGAAAAACCCACACAGAAAGACUUCCUGGAGAACACCGAGGCUGUCAGGCCUAAGCUCCUUCACCCACCGCCACCAAUGCAGACCACACACUUAGGUACAAGCACAUCUCCAGCUGUGUAGACAAGGAAGUCCAUCUCCUUCCUCCUGGCCUCUGGGAGGGAGGGAGUCUUCCUCCUCCUCCAGGGCCUCCCUCGGGCCCACGGCUGCAUCAGCACUUUCCUGAGACCAGGGCCCCACAGCCCUCAGCCCUUCUCUGGAUAAUGUUUCUCACAUCCUAACAAAGCCUACCCUUGGCCCCUCAUGCCACUAGUUACUAUUUACAUUUUCUUCAUUUCUUAAUCAAAAAUUUUCAGAACUGAAACCGUGUACAAGCCCCCGUGUCCCCGUCCUUUGAAGUAAAAGGCUUUUGCUUUAGCCUCCCAGGUCUCCCCUGAGUCUCUAAAGGCUGCUCCAGACUUAAUGAUUAGGAAUGUGAAGAUGUAGAAACAAAGAACAGCUGUUGGGCGGGGGAACUACCAAAAAUUUAGACUGUAAAUCCACCACAUGGCAGAAUCACUGAACUCCCAGUUCCCUGAAAGAUACAGAUAAAAGCCCAACACACAGUCCUCAGUUGUUUCUACAGGAAGCAGACCCACCAGAUGAAAAGUGCUGACCACAAGCACAUAGACCCUAAGCCGUCUGAAACCAGAAGGUUGAUGAUACUUGAAACUUCACCUUGAUGCCAACCAAUCUGAGAACUGUGCAUGAACUGAUCACACACCCUGCAGCCCCUCCCUCACACGGCCUUUAAAAACCCUCCCUGAAAGCCAUCGGGGAGUUGGGGUCUUUUGAGCAUGAUCUGCCCAUUCUCCUUGCUUGGUGCCCUGCAAUAAAUGCUGCACUUUCCUUCACCACAACCCGGUGUCAGUAGAUUGGCUUUACUGCAUGUGGGCGAGUGGACCCAAGUUUGGUUCUGUGACAAAACGACAGCUUGUACUUGUGACUUCACCCUCCCCCCACACCCAAUCACACCCCACCUGCCAUAUAUCUGAGCUUCCAUCCCUCGUUUCCUUCUCCAUCUCACAAACCGUUCUCAUUGUCCUGUUCUCACCUGGGUCUCUGAUGCCUCUUGUCUACUCUCUUCAUGGAUGUUUUUCGGGUCACAUCUCCUUUCGCUCAGCACGGUGCUCCUGGUUCUCCGCUGCUCCUGCCCAUCUUCUUUCAAAGCCCUUCUCCUUCCUUCCAACAAUCAGAGUCCCAACGCCCUACAGUUCUCUUAUUUCUCUGGUCUUCUCCCUUCUCAUCCACACCUGUAUUUUUGAAUACAACCCAACUACGAUGACAAACUCCCAGCACACAUUUCACACGUUUGUCUCUCUGCUUGUUACUGGGGACUUCAGAUCCACCUGAGCUCAUCACCGCAUCACUGUUAAAGGGACAUCUUGCUCAUGUGUGGUCUCAGUCGGUCCACUCUCCAUCCAGUUAUGCACGCAAACUGGAAAUUGGGAAUUGCCACUGCUUCCAUCAUUAGGUUCAUCCCCCACACCCAGUACCUAAGUCCUGCCAAAUUUACACUCCUUGAUAAUCUGAAACCUGUUUCCCCUGUCCACCAUGCCUCCCAUUCCCCUAGAUCGCCACCAUUCUCCUCUAGUAGACACCUGCCUGUCCCCAUCUCCACUGAUUUCCCCGCUCAUGCCCACCCUCUACCCAAAAUGUAAGCCCGACUUCAUCACUUUGGGUACCGUGUAGAAGGGUGGGUGAGUCAACUGUAAGACCCCUCUUGGGGCUCCCAUACUCUGGAGGUGAGAACUCAAGAGUGAACUCUUCCUGGUCUGGCUCCUGACGACUGCCCUGGUCCCACCUGUCCCUGGACCAGUGUCCACCACACGUUUGGAUCCAGCAGCACUGCAACAUUUACUGCACCAAUCACAACUAUUUAUCACUUCCGGACUUUGGUACUGAUGCCUGCUCUUAUUAAAACACUCCUUCCCUCCUCAUCCUUUGUUACCUAACCUCACCUUUCAGACCCCUCUACAGAGAGCCUCCCUGCCUCUUCUCCUCACCCCUGUGCUUGGUUAUAUGCAUAAUACCCGGCGUGGCUCUAUCAUUCCUCUGUCCACGUGUCAGAAUUAUUGAUGUGUCUGUUUUCCCCACUACACUAGGGGCUGCUUGAUGGAAAAGGACAGCACUCCAAAAGGAUUGACUGAUUAACUGACUCAAUAAACGAGUGGCCCAAUUAAAGGCUAUGAACCAAAGUGGUCAGAAAAGGGUAUUUCCUCUUCUUGGAAUAUCAAUGGGACUAUUUAAUUUGGAAUAAAAUGAAUUUCAAGAAAAAUGCCAAUGCUGAAGAAAAACUUUCCUUCUGACUAUUAAUAAUUUCAAAACACACACGCUACAGGGACUCCUGGAUUUUUUUUUUUUCAUAGUCUUCAAAUAUCCCAUCUGAGCAAUGCACCUCUCUGCCCCAUCUCUGUGCUCCAUGAACGUUUGGGGAAAUGCCCCAAUCAUGAAACUAAUGGUAACAUUGGUGAGAAAUGAUGUGCCAGAUGAUAAAUCCACCACCACUAAAAGCUAAAGUCUUUCCAAACUCAAAUUGUUUGAAGUGGUUUGACCCUUACCAGGAAAACAGAAGGGGAAAAAGUUUUUAGAUGAUCAUUUUUUUAAAGCAGAAAGCAAAUAAUAUAUCUCCAAAGAGUCCAGUGCCCUUAGACAAAAUUUUAUGGAAAAGGAUAGAAUUAGAAGUAAUCUAUUUUGAGGUGAUAGUGUUAAAGAAGGAAUAGAAAGCCUUAAGAAAGUGGCGAAUCCUACGAUCAUUUUGAGACUUUCUUAGGAAAGAAGCUAGCCUCCUGUGUGUCAGAUCCAUGCUGGAUGCCUUACACACUCACACUUCAUCCUCGAGACAGCCCCAUGAGAUAGGUGUUACUAUUUCCCCUUUUACCGCAAACUGAGGUCCGAGAGCAUCUACGUUUCACAAGAUGGAGGAAUUUUUGCCCAACUCUGUCAGCUGCAGAAAACCUGGCAUUAUGAGCAGGCUUAAAAGAACAAGUGAAAGAAAUAGUGAAAAGCAGAGAGAAUGGUAAAAGGUGCACGUCAAAUGGACUGUGUGAUUAUUGUUCUCUUGCUUCAUCUGGUCAUGUAGACAGAUGGAAGCCACAUGAUAUCAUUGAUCUUUUGUAAACCACUUCCAUAGAUGUUGGUAAUGAGGUAAGAGAUACAGGGGCCUCGGGUUAACCUGCUGCAGCCAGUUUCAUGCUGACCCUUUGAGAUAAACUAUCAACAGGAACGACACGCCCUGAUUGGGUGAAAGACAAAGCAGCCCACCGCAGCCUCCUCAUUCUUGUGGUCCAGAGGACUUCCCAGCCUGACACAUGCACAGAGGGGGUCCCAAGUCAUCCUCUAGUAAUCUGGGCUGCGUUGUAAUAUCAUUAUAGUACCAUUAGCAUUGCGAUUUUGACCCGCUCCCCCCAUGGGUUUCGCUUGGACGCUCACAGGAAAGAUUCAAAACGGUGCCUGGUGGAAGCCCAAAUAAGGAAUUGCAGAUGAUGUGAUCAUAGGGGAGGGAAAGAGGAGUCACCCUCAUCUAAACCCCAUAUUAACAACCUCAGCUGCCCCUGUAAGGUACACCUCACUCUGCAAGUUUGCCCCUGUGCUCUCCCACACGUACUGUGCUUCUAAUAAAUGCUGGGCCUGCUUUGCAAUCUUGGUGUCUUUGUUGAACUCUUUCUUCCGAGAAGACAAGGACCGAGUUUCACCAAAAACAGUAAUAUAAGCAUGUUCGAAAUGACCACGGUUGGGGCAUGUCUAUGGCUUUGAAAAAUUGAAUCUAUAAUAGCAAAAUAAAACAUUGCAAUCACCUGUAACACACCUUGUCCUUGUUUUUCUGCAGUCUUCAGCACAUAAACUGUUUUUGCCUGGGCCUAACAUCUGUAUUGGAUUGCAGGCCAUGCUUGGAUUUCAAGACCAUAACCUAUUCCUUUAGAACCAGCAGCUGUUCUUUCGGAGACCCUGUCUCCUGAAACAGGCCCUGAGAGCUACCGUUCUGACAUCUGAAAUGCUGAGAAAGGGAAGAUCAUAGGCCAGUGAAUUGCGAGUGCCUCUUUCUUACACACUUCAGGCUUCAGUAGUUUUCGGAAGUUCCACGGAGGGUACUUUGCCGUGAAGGGCCCCGUUCUGACAUGAACUGAAUUUUCCCCACCUGGACAUCAAGUGAUCAACCAGGAAGUUUUCUUCUUAAGAAUAAAAGCAGGGCUUCCCUGGUGGCGCAGUGGUUGGGAGUCCGCCUGCCGAUGCAGGGGACACGUGUUCGUGCCCCGGUCUGGGAGGAUCCCACAUGCCGCGGAGCAGCUAGGCCGGUGAGCCAUGGCCGCUGAGCCUGCGCGUCCGGAGCCUGUGCUCCGCAGCGGGAGAGGCCACAACAGUCAGAGGCCCACAUACCGGAAGAAUAAAAGCACUGACUCUUCUUUCCCUGGCUUUCCUUUCAAUAACAGCUGUAUCAUAUCCUUCUGCUAUAAAUGCCCCAUCCUGGGAUGAGGAAUAUGUACUCAGUCAACAAGAAACAUUUACGUGCAGCCUGUGUUUCUCCAUCUGGUACCUCCUACAAUGAAAUGAUCAGUCAGACAUUAGGCUGUUUCUGUCCUGUCUCUCCUGAUGGAAUAUGAGGAAGGCAGGAAUCAUCUGUCUUGUUCACUCCUGAAUCCCCGGGCCUAGCACGGUGCCUGGCAUGGAGUUGGCAGUUGGAUAUUUACUGAAAGAAUCAAUGGGCCUCCGCUAUCUGUGUGGCACCACAACAGUGACCAGCAAGGGAGUUCUGCGCUGACCCUCCUGCACCUGAGCUUCCUGAGAGCCCCGCCCCGACACUACAAUGAUGGAGAGGCGGCUGGGGAAGGAGGCUGCGGGGGAGGGUCCAGGGGAGGAAGUACAAAGGCGGUUUUUAGGUAACUAGCCAAAAGGAGGAACAGGUGCUGAUGAUCUCAAAAAAUACAAUGGAAUACUACUCGGCCAUUAAAAAGAGUGAUGUAAUGCCAUUUGCAGCAAUUAUGCCAAUUGCAGAGAUUAUCAUACUAAGUGAAGUAAGUCAGAGAAAGACAAAUACCAUAUGAUAUCACUUGUAUGUGGAAUCUAAAAUAUGACACAAGUGAACUUAUCUACGAAACAGAAACAGACUCACAGACAUAGAGAAUGGACUUCUGUUUGCCAAGAGGGAGGUAGGUAGGGGAGGGAUGGCCUGGGGGUUUGGGCUUAGCGGUUGGAAACUAUUGUAUAGAGAAUGGAUAAACAACAAGGUCCUACUCUACAGCACAGGGAACUAUAUUCAACACGCUGUGAUAAAACAUAAUAGAAAAGAAUAUGAAAAGGAAUGUAUAUAUGUGUAUAACUGAAUCACUUUGCUGUACAGCAGAAACUACCACAACAUUCUAAAUCAA